GAAAGUAAUCCCUUUUCUCCAUUUCAAACCUUCACACUGACAAACAUAUCAAGUUCCGUCUUUGACUUGCUCAUGACAACAUUAUAUCAUUGCAAACCUCAGUUUCGAAAAGAACUCUUUUUGCAAUGUUCAGACCUGAGAUAAGGGACGAUGUGGCUCUCAUCCCUGUGGUCGGGGAAGCCUUCUGCUUCCCUUACCUUGUACACUUGCUUGUUAAGAAGGGGUUUUAUGGCGUCGCUGAUUUAAAGUUUGAUGUCUCCGAUGGUUGUGGGGCCCCUCUCCUCAGAGUCCACGGGAAGCUUUGGCAUUUGUUGCAGAAGAAGCGAACCGUUUAUGAUCCGUCCGGCAUCCCAAUCCUCACCAUGCGCGCAAAGACUUUUGCAUUGAGAAAUGUUUGGCAAAUUUAUAAAGGAGUGAGUUCAUAUGAAAACGAUCUGCUAUACACCGUUCAAGAAUCUAAAGGCAUUCAAAUGAAAAUCAGACUUGAUGUUUUCUUGGCUGGAAACCGAGGAGAGAUCUGCAAUUUCCAUGUUAAGGGCUCCUACACUUCUCAGAACUUCGAAGUCUACAAAGGGGAUGAUUUGAUUGCUAAGGUGAAGAAGAAGAUGAACAUACGCAACUUCUUUAAAGGCGUAGAGAAUUUUGAUGUGAGAGUCUUCGCUGGCGUCGAUUAUGCUUUUGUUGUCUCGCUAUUAGUUGUUCUAAAUGCCAUUGAUGGAGGAUCCUAAACUUUUUAUUUGUAUAAAUUUACAUCUUUUAAGGUGCUUAAUUAUAGUCAUCACCAGUUUUAUAUACUGUUGCACGCAAGCGGUGUGUGUAGGCGUGUAGCUAAAGUGAGAUAAAGGCAUUUUUGCUUUUUUCAUCUGAUUAAGAGUUAAAGCAUGAAUUGCUACAUUGUUUGUUUUCAGUCUGUGAGCAUAUGCCAAUUUUGAGUGGGGUUCAACUCCAAUGGUUUUAGACUUUAGUAAGCAAUUGUGGAGUAUCUUACUUCUGUACAUCAUAAACAAGUGGGCAAUCAAUAAAACUGUGGGUGUCAAAAGGUGCAUAGUCAACUAUUUGCAAGACUAAGUUUCACAAAAUUUUCAAAGAAUCAUAUGCGACUCAUGGAGUCAUAUGAGGUGUGUACUGUGUACACAACUACACAUGUAAUUUUUCUUCUUUUCUUGAUAAUUCAUGUGAUCAUGUCUUGGUAUUUGCGCUCCCAUAUUACUUAUCUUUUGUUA